AUGGCGGCUCCGAUUUCAAAAUGGCAGUACUUUCUUCUCAGCUUUCUUUCGCUGCUCGCUAUUCGCUAUGCGAGUACUACGAACGCGAGUCCUCAGGUUCCGGUCCUCCAUGAAAUCCAACAAGCUGUCGAGCAGGCUGUCUGCAAGACGGUUGACCAGCCAAACCCCAUUGCGUCACAGUACCCAACAAAUGCGACGGGAACAUUGAACGGCACAAUCUCAGUCUUACCAAUCUCCCUGGAUCUCGCACGCAGUCUCAUCCCUUCGCAAUACCGCAUCUUGGAGCACGCAUACCGCCAUCUCCUCCCUGACUUCCCGGAAGGAAUGUACCCAGCCCUUCUCCAGGCAGUCCACGACCACGGCGUACAAGCUUUCGGCUUUCAAAUACCCGACUUCUCGCGUGGUGGCAUCGAAUUCCCAUUCCUCGAUCUCCUCGGCGAUAAUGCCACGUCCUUCAAGUGGACGCCAUCGCUUGUUAUGUCGGCUGAAAACGUCAUUGCGUUGAAAGGCGCUGCGGACUACGGUAUCAAGACUUACCCGUCGUUAUUCGAGCCUGCUUGCGAUGCAUACAGUGCGGUUCCCGACGCUAAGGAGCCUGGAACGACGUCGUUCGAGGCGACGAGCGCUGAGGCUGGCGCCGCAUCCAUUAGCACGCGGCUGUCACUCACGUCGGAGGAAAAGUACCCGCUGGGUUUCUUCAUGAACAUCACCAACCAGGUCAUGUUCGGCGACGGCAAGCAAUGCGACAACAUGAUCCGUCUCUUCAACACCAGCCUGACAACAAGUCCCAACAAAAUCGAGACGGUUAAGGGCACCGUCAAGACCAAGGGUUUCCCAUUUGAGGGCGAACAGGAGUUCGAGUGCGCGUAUGGGAUCAGGUUCAGCUCGGCGUUCAUCGAGAACAACUAUCUGCCUUGCGAGAACUUCAGGAACUACGGCACUGCUUAG